CCGCCCUCCGACCGCUCCCCGAGGCUUCUCUUCGGACCGUUAACCUCGAAUGAGGAACGAGCUGGGAGGGAAGGGAGGGGCUGCGGCGGCGCUGGCACAGCCCGCCGGGCCCGGGGCCGGGGGCGGCGAGGUCACGUAACGGCUGCUCCGGCGUCUACCCGGGGAGGGGGCGCCCUCCCCGGCAGCCGGAGCCCUCCUGAGCGCGCCGCGGCUCCGAAACAGUUACCGGCUCGUAAACAACAGCUGCGCGCGCACCCGCAUCAGCUGGCGCCGGUAUCCCGCACCUGCGACCUCCUCCUCCCCUCCUCCCCGCCGCCCCCUGCUGCUUAACCCGGGCCAGCCUGCGAGGCCAUCUCCUCUCUUGCUAGGACCCGAAGGAAGAACGGCGAGGGGCUGACCUGCGCCGCGGCCCUGGUGGGGGAGAAAGCGUCCUCCGGCAAAGGGGUGGCCCGUCCUGUCACACGCAGGAGAAACCCAGCGAGCCGACCGUGGGCUCGAUGGACUAGCGACGACCUGCCACGACCCUGAGCUGCAGUCCCAGGGAUCUUGAUCCGCUCGCCAGCCGCCUCCUUCCAGAUCCUAGGGACCGUUCUGCCAGAAGAGCGGGUGGGCCACCCCCGCAGACCUCUUGGAGACGGGAAUCCGCUCUGCCCCUGCAUCCUCUGCUCACCCUUUUCAUUCUCCUCUAUCCUGUAGUGUGGGGUAUUUUUCCCGUUAUGCAUGCGCAUCUCUCCUACCAGACCCAAGUGGAUUAUUGGCCUCCCAAAUAUCGGCUGGCUCUACACACACCACCCAGCCAGACCUGUGGGGUAUUCACCUGAUACACAACAGGUGGCCGGUGUACACCGUUUCGCAAUCUGAUCUGUGCUAUAUUCGCCUGAUAAGGGUGGGCCUGCGCGCACUUUGUUCAACUAGAACCGUGGGACAUUUACCAGAUAAAAGACUUAACUACCUCGGCAGAAACCUGGGGGUCGGGGGGAGAAAGGCUUCACCUGCUUCUCUGAGACCAUGGCACUGAGCCCGCAGCCCUGGACCAGGGGAGACAGCUAAAUCACUCUUCUUUCUGAAGGAACGACGUUCCACGAGAUUGGCAUCGUUUUGUCUUUUUUUUUUUUUUUCCCUUAAAUAUUUACUGGUUGUGCACUUUCCAGGGUAGUCCGUUUGAAUUCUGAGUAGAAUUCUUAUUUGGGACUUUUUGUGUGGUGUAAAUCAAGGUUAUUGAGGGUUUUUUAAAAAGUUUUCUAUUUUUGCAAUCAAAAGUAAGCGUAGGAGGAAGGAUUUUGCGGGGUUUUCCUUUUUUCUUUGUUCUUAUAAAGGAAAAGAGAAUAAUGCAUCCUCCAGAAACCACCACCAAGAUGGCUUCAGUUCGGUUCAUGGUGACACCAACGAAGAUCGAUGACAUUCCAGGUUUGUCAGAUACCAGCCCGGACCUCAGCUCCCGAUCCAGUUCCCGAGUAAGAUUUAGCUCACGGGAAAGUAUGCCUGAAACAAGCCGUAGUGAGCCUAUGAGUGAGAUGUCUGGAGCCACCACUUCACUAGCAACUGUUGCACUGGAUCCAGCUAGUGACCGGACUUCUAACCCCCAGGAUGUUACCGAGGACCCGAGUCAGAACUCCAUCACAGGGGAACACAGCCAGCUGUUAGAUGAUGGGCAUAAGAAAGCUCGAAAUGCUUAUCUCAACAAUUCCAAUUAUGAAGAAGGAGAUGAAUAUUUUGAUAAAAACUUGGCACUCUUUGAGGAAGAAAUGGACACCAGACCAAAGGUAUCUUCUCUCCUCAACCGUAUGGCCAAUUAUACUAAUCUGACACAAGGAGCAAAGGAACAUGAAGAGGCAGAGAACAUCACUGAGGGGAAAAAGAAGCCCACUAAGACCCCUCAAAUGGGUACUUUCAUGGGUGUCUACCUCCCAUGCCUACAAAAUAUUUUUGGAGUGAUCUUGUUUCUACGCCUUACGUGGGUCGUGGGCACAGCUGGAGUUCUUCAGGCCUUUGCAAUUGUCCUUAUCUGCUGCUGCUGUACAAUGUUGACUGCUAUCUCCAUGAGUGCCAUUGCCACAAAUGGAGUGGUGCCAGCUGGGGGCUCAUACUUUAUGAUUUCCAGAGCACUGGGCCCAGAGUUUGGUGGGGCUGUUGGCCUCUGCUUUUAUCUUGGUACCACAUUUGCAGCUGCCAUGUAUAUCCUUGGUGCCAUUGAAAUUUUUCUGGUAUAUAUUGUCCCCCGAGCUGCGAUCUUUCGUAGCGAUGAUGCACUCAAGGAAUCAGCAGCCAUGCUCAAUAACAUGCGUGUCUAUGGCACAGCCUUCUUGGUCCUCAUGGUAUUGGUGGUGUUCAUCGGUGUACGCUACGUGAACAAAUUUGCCUCACUUUUCCUGGCCUGUGUCAUUGUGUCCAUCUUGGCCAUCUAUGCUGGAGCCAUCAAGUCUUCUUUUGCCCCUCCACACUUCCCGGUCUGCAUGCUGGGUAACCGCACCCUUUCGUCAAGACACAUUGAUAUUUGCUCUAAGACCAAAGAAAUUAACAACAUGACAGUACCGUCAAAGUUAUGGGGCUUCUUCUGUAACUCAAGUCAGUUUUUCAAUGCCACCUGUGAUGAAUACUUUAUUCAUAAUAAUGUCACUUCAAUUCAGGGCAUUCCUGGCUUGGCUAGUGGUGUCAUUACAGAGAAUCUUUGGAGUAAUUACCUACCAAAGGGAGAGAUCAUUGAAAAGCCCUCAGCCAAAUCUUCUGAUGUCUUAGGCAGUUUAAACCAUGAAUAUGUCCUUGUUGACAUCACCACCUCUUUUACUCUUCUGGUGGGGAUCUUCUUCCCCUCUGUCACAGGUAUCAUGGCUGGAUCAAACAGAUCUGGAGACCUGAAGGAUGCUCAGAAGUCUAUUCCCAUUGGCACUAUCCUUGCCAUCCUGACCACCUCCUUUGUCUAUUUAAGCAAUGUUGUCCUUUUUGGUGCCUGUAUUGAAGGUGUUGUUCUUAGAGACAAGUUUGGGGAUGCUGUGAAAGGUAAUCUGGUGGUGGGUACCUUAUCUUGGCCGUCCCCAUGGGUGAUUGUCAUCGGCUCCUUCUUCUCAACAUGUGGGGCUGGGCUUCAGAGUCUCACAGGUGCACCAAGACUGCUACAGGCUAUAGCCAAGGAUAACAUCAUACCCUUUCUGAGGGUUUUUGGUCACAGUAAAGCCAACGGGGAACCUACCUGGGCUUUACUUCUAACUGCUGCCAUUGCAGAGCUGGGGAUUCUUAUCGCCUCCCUGGAUCUUGUGGCCCCAAUUCUUUCUAUGUUUUUCCUCAUGUGUUACCUCUUUGUGAACUUGGCAUGUGCAUUGCAAACAUUACUUCGAACACCCAACUGGAGACCCCGGUUCCGCUACUACCACUGGGCCCUCUCUUUCAUGGGAAUGAGUAUCUGUCUGGCUCUGAUGUUCAUUUCUUCCUGGUAUUACGCCAUCGUAGCUAUGGUAAUAGCUGGUAUGAUCUACAAGUACAUCGAGUACCAAGGAGCGGAGAAAGAAUGGGGUGAUGGAAUCCGUGGGCUGUCCCUCAGUGCAGCCCGGUUUGCUUUGCUCCGGCUGGAAGAAGGACCGCCACACACUAAAAACUGGAGGCCUCAGUUACUUGUAUUGCUGAAAUUAGAUGAGGACUUACACGUCAAGCAUCCUCGCCUCCUCACCUUUGCCUCACAACUUAAAGCAGGAAAGGGUCUCACUAUUGUGGGCUCUGUCAUUGUGGGGAACUUCCUGGAGAACUACGGGGAAGCUUUAGCUGCUGAACAGACCAUAAAGCAUCUAAUGGAGGCAGAGAAGGUGAAGGGAUUCUGCCAGCUGGUGGUGGCAGCCAAGCUGAGGGAGGGCAUUUCCCACCUCAUCCAGUCAUGUGGCCUUGGGGGCAUGAAGCACAACACGGUGGUGAUGGGAUGGCCUAAUGGCUGGCGCCAGAGUGAAGAUGCUCGAGCGUGGAAGACUUUUAUCGGCACAGUUCGAGUGACAACUGCUGCCCAUCUGGCCCUGCUGGUGGCUAAAAACAUCUCCUUCUUUCCCAGCAAUGUGGAGCAGUUUUCUGAGGGCAACAUUGAUGUGUGGUGGAUUGUGCAUGAUGGGGGGAUGCUCAUGUUAUUACCAUUCCUACUUAAACAGCACAAGGUGUGGCGAAAAUGUAGCAUUCGGAUCUUCACAGUAGCCCAACUAGAAGACAACAGUAUUCAGAUGAAGAAGGACCUGGCUACCUUCCUCUACCACCUACGCAUCGAGGCCGAGGUGGAAGUGGUAGAGAUGCAUGACAGUGACAUAUCUGCUUAUACUUAUGAGCGCACCCUGAUGAUGGAGCAGAGGUCCCAGAUGCUCCGGCACAUGCGACUGUCCAAAACAGAGAGGGACAGAGAGGCACAGUUGGUGAAAGACCGGAACUCAAUGCUGCGAUUGACCAGCAUUGGCUCUGAUGAGGAUGAAGAGACAGAAACCUAUCAGGAGAAGGUGCACAUGACUUGGACAAAAGACAAGUACAUGGCAUCCCGGGGACAAAAGGCUAAGUCGAUGGAAGGAUUCCAGGACCUGCUUAACAUGCGUCCAGACCAUUCCAAUGUGAGGCGGAUGCAUACGGCAGUGAAACUCAAUGAGGUUAUAGUUAACAAGUCCCACGAAGCAAAGCUGGUUUUGUUGAAUAUGCCAGGGCCACCCCGAAACCCUGAGGGUGAUGAAAACUACAUGGAGUUCCUAGAAGUGCUCACCGAGGGACUAGAGCGAGUCCUCCUUGUCCGGGGUGGUGGCAGUGAAGUAAUCACCAUUUAUUCAUAAUCUACUCCUGAAGACUCUGCUUGGCCUCACCUUUCCUAAAAGGCUUCCAUUCUCCAUGGAAGUGCCAGCUCUUUACUACUACUCCCAUCAAGUAGAGGCCUGGGUUCUGUACACAUCACACUGAACUCUUGACAAGCUGAACCUCGAGUACUUGUGCAAAAAAGUACACGUAGUUCUGCUCUUUGCUAUCAUAUGAUCUGCUGUCCUUACAGAAGAAGCAGAUAUUUCCUCAAUAUCAGAACACUGGUCAAGUCCUAAAAGCCAUGUCUGUACUAGUUGAAGGCAAAUUAGAAUUAACAGGCUAAACCAUUAAAAUGAGUUGGCAAAAGGGAUGCUAGAAAUUCAAGAAGACGAAAAGCAAGUACAUGUCCAACAUUAAAGGGGAGUCUCAGAAGUCAUGGUCCAAUGAUGACACCAUGGGGGUAACAGCCAGAGACACAGCUUCAUCAUACUAAAGAAUGCAUGGCCGAGUAUGUGGGGACCUAACAUCCUUGUGGAGAUAACCUGUGGCAAACCAAGAUGAAAAUCUUUUUUAGCUAAUUUUCUUUAAUGUUUCCAUUGUUCUCCAGGACUCUAUUUUAUAUUAGGGUACUAUACAAAAACUGAAACAUGGCUACAGCCUCUACUUCUUCCUCCAACACAAGAUUCCCCCCAAAUACCAGGUUCCAGUACACAUACUAUGUCGGUUUAUAUGUCAGCUGGUUCUCAAAACCCAGUCUGUGGUUAAGAUUGUAAUACACGCAUUGUUAUCCUGGAAAUUGUUUUUUUAAAGGUGGAGUAAAAAGAAUUUCUUUCAGGUUCUUUUCAAAUGGCCAAAUUAGGGUACCCUAACUCCAAAUUAAGAUCUACUGAAACAGUCUGUGGUUACCAUGUGCGACAUGGUCAAAACAAGCAAGCUGUUGUCCAAGAAAUCUAGAUGAUGAUGCACAUUGACCAGUAGUUUCGCCUCUCCUUUCUUUUAUGCCCUCUGGGUUAGUAGGCACAGGUCCAAAAUCAUAGGAAUAAACUAGGAAGACUGGCUAAAAUCCUUCCCUAAAAGCUUUGAACUAUCUUUUAAAGGGGGAAUCCAGCAAUGGAAUUCGAAGUUCUAGAGCCAUACUCCUUCCAUAGUGCCAAAGAUUGAGUUGCUGCUACUCUCCCUACCUGCUUCACUAAAGUGGCAUACGAUUGGCAUUGACCUGAUUCAAGAAACUUAUUUUUCACUAAGAAACCUGUGCACUCAUUUCCAAAGCCAUAGCCAAGACUUGAGGCACUCAACUCAUCUAAAUGUCCGGAGUAUGAGCGUUUUUAUCAAUUUUAUUCUUCAUUGUGACUGCAGGAACUUGGCUCUGAACCAAGAUUAUCCAAGCCAACAGUCCUCUGCUAUUCCAGUUGUUUUCAGAAAGCUCUCAAUGUGUCAAGGAAGUACUUGUACAAGCUUAGCUUUUUAUUUGCUGGUCAUAAAACAUUUACUGGUCAUUUUAAUUUACUGGUCAUAAAACACCUAGCUUUCAAGCAUAGGGAAACUACCUUGAGUGGUAAUUGCAAAUAUGUGAAAUGGUCCUUUCUUUUAUAGGAUAAGUAUUUAGAAAAACUGUUUUGCCUGUAUUCAUGACUGCUCUUCAAUCACCUUUUUAAUGAUAAAUACUGCCACUCUUCUUUGAUCACCCAAUAGGAUAUGGAGCAAGCAAACCUAGGUCCCAGCAGAUUAUUCAUUUGAUUUUUAUGGACAGAGAAAACCUUUUCUUCAGUAUGGCUUAAGAAACUGAGUAUUUUGUUCCCUUUGCUCUUUUUUCAACCUCAAGACCCAGUCAGGGUAGCAAAACAAACAUGAUCUUUAAGUUCCUGCUCCUUCCUGCAGAGGGUAGAAGCACUGUUAAAAUUUCCAUUGUAAUACUCUGUUGUUUAGUUGAGUCCACAGUAGUGGAACAGGUUCUCUAGGACCAAGAUAUUGAAGCCCCCGUGCUUUAAAGGUCAGCCUGCCCAGGAAUUCCUCUACAUUUACACACAUCCUCUGGCCAAAGUGGUUGAUACAUAUAUUUUUUUUCCAUAUAGAAAAAAUAUGGGCAGAAAACAAGGUUUUAGAAGAGCUUUUUGUGGUUGGAGCUCUGUAAGAAUCUUUUAAAGGGAUAAGGGAGUGAGUGGCUAUUAAUACAGCCACUACUUCAGCCCCUAAAACAUAAAAUCACCAUUACAUGGGAAAAUGGUUAUUAGGCCAGAUUUAAACUCAUCUCUGUCUAGAGCAUUUCACGUCCAUGUGUUGCUUAUGUUGUUCGUCUGUGAAGUGUCUUGUCUCUUCUAAUCACUGCAAAUAAAGCAAUACUGAAAACUUGGCGAGAGAGAAUGCACCUUAGGGGAAGGGCUUUUGUGUUUCAAGAAGGAAGAGAAAGGAAAGACCUCUUCCUGCCUUCUGAAUAAGAUCCAGCUUUUAAGUCUUAGCUAAGAUUUACCAGGGCAGACUAUGACAAUAUACCUUCUCCAGCUGCUGGCCUUCUGCCUUGUAAAGCUAUCUUAAAAGCUGAGGUUUGAAUUGCAGCAUCUGCUCAGCAGGGGCCCGGUUCCUCUUGGCAGGGGAAAGAUCAUUACCGUGUAUCUUCCUUUGCCUCAGAUUCCUGUGGCCCCAACUAGCCCGCCAAUCCUCACUCCCCCUAAAUGUGUUAAAAAUCCAUUAUUGUGGAUGUUAAAGUAGCAAUUACACUGUAAGCAUAUUUAUGUACUCUUUUUGUCUGGUUUAUUUUUCUUUUCAUCAUGUAUAAUCUGAAUCCAGCAUUAGUUUCUCACAUCUUCCAGUGUCUCCAACAGAAUUUUUAUGUUCCAGCUUGUGUUAAAUAGAAGUGAAACAUUAAGGAAAAUAGAGUUAAGGGAAACUUGUGCAACCUUUUUUUUAAGCAUUGUUCUCAACCAUUUAAUUUAUUGAAAGGAGAUGCUGCUGUGGUUCUUGAUUUAGCAGCAACCAUUUUGUUUACAUAGAGUUACAGUUUUAUUUGUUGUUUUGCUCUGUACUGGAAACAUAAAUAAAGUUUUCUACAUUAUUUUCAUUCAA